AUGGUAGGGAAAAUAAAAGAAGUCUUCAGAGAUGUCUGUGUCUCUCCAGAGAAAAACAGCAGUAUUACUUCACCAGUUGGCUUAAUGGAAUCAGUCAGAAUCAGCCCCAUGCAGUUUUCCCUGCCUAAUUUCCCCAUCACCUGUUCAAAUACAGCCAUUACUUUGGCAGUACUUGUUUCAAAAACACUGCUACCUGAAGUAUUUUCAGAGACCUUCACGUGGACUGUUUUUGCAACUCUUAUUCCAUGGGUCAUAUGGCCUCAGCCUGAUUUUUCAGAGGCACAUCAGAACUUGGAGCUGAGGAGUGAGGACCAAGUCUUGCCCCGUGAAGUCUCAGGUCAGCGCCAAGAGUCUGGGGCACCAUUACCAGUCCCACGCAGGGUAACAAGCCACGAGGGAACCAAGGUGGGAAGCCAAGAGAAUCAAGAAGCAUGUGUGAUGAGGGGGCUUCAAGCUGGCCCUGGGGAGGCAUUCUGGAGGAAUUUCCUGAGCCGGAGUCCAGAGUUUGCCAUAGGUUUUUACGUGUGCCUCUGGACCAAAGUUUGGAGGGUAACGUCUUCCUCUGAGGUAGUGGAAGAACCUGCCGAUGGAGGGACCACAGAAGGAUCUAUGGGAGAACAACGGGAACUGCAGGAGAGCAACAAUGACCAUGAGGGAUUCAAGGAUUAUGCAUCUCUGCACCUACGAUACACCAACUGGCAGUUCCAUCAUUUGAAAGAAAAUCUUCAAGGUAAAGAUGUUUACAAUGACACAAAAACCUUUCAAAGGUAUCAUGGUCCUAAAGGGCUUUCUCCAAGGGGCAGCAUGGUGUGUUCCAGGCCCUGAUGAGAGGUGAAUGUGUGGGCACGGGUGUCUCGUGAGCCUGACGCUCUCCAUCCCUCUCUGACCAUUUACGCCUUUUGUCUGUCUGUGCUUUCAAAGGUCAAACCCUUGUGAGAAAUACUUGCUCUAUUAAUCAUCUUGGAAGACUGCUCCAGACACAUUUUCAGAAGGGAUGUAGUAAGUUUUGUCUGCACAGUGCACCCUGGGAAAAGAGUUUCCCUUC